AUGUACGCGUAUGAGCAUAUACUUCGUAGACAUUGCCAAGUUUGCCACAUCGAGGUGGGAAAAACAGCUGCAUUUUGCGUGCCCACAAAAAAGCCAAAUGCCCAUGGUCAUUUGGUGGACCCAUGCGUUGUGAGAUACUUGUUACGCCCGAGCGGAGUGGCAUCUCUUACGUCAAUCAUGAUGUUCCAUAGGCACAUUUUUCAUACGCGCUCGAGUUGUGCAAAUGCAUCGUACUAA